AAGAUGGCGGCCGGGUUCAAGUGAGUGUCAGCGGCCGCGGGCAGGAGUUCUGUUUCCUGCCAGGCGCGGCGGCGUGCUCGGGCGGCCACCUCCCUGGCCCCCCGGCUGGGGUUCGCUGCCCUGGAGGCUGGCUCCGCCGCGGGCGCCGGGUGUCGGGUGUCAGGCGCGCCGUCCCUCUGCCGCUCCCCGAAAGGAGCCCGCGGUGCAGGAAGGCUUUUCACAGAAACCGCGUGUGCCCCUCCGGUGCGGCCUGGGGACCUCCCGGAGUGGUGGUUUAAGUAGAUGAGUACGUGCGAUUCCAGAGGAAACCAGUAUGCUGAGCUGCAGUCACUCUGUGUGAACUCGGAAAUCGUGGUCUAGCGAUAUAUGCGUUUUCUAGUAACCACCUUAAACAACAGGAUCUAGUCGACUUAAGGGACUCCUGGAACUUCAAGUAAUGGCGAAAACAGUGGAACCUCUGGAAUAUUACAGGAGAUUUUUGAAAGAGAACUGCCGUCCUGAUGGAAGAGAACUUGGUGAAUUUAGAACCACCACUGUCAACAUAGGUUCAAUUAGUACUGCAGAUGGUUCUGCUUUAGUGAAGCUGGGAAAUACUACAGUAAUAUGUGGAAUUAAAGCGGAAUUUGCAGUACCUCCAACAGAUGCUCCUGAUAAAGGAUAUGUUGUGUUUCUUUCAGUUCCCAAUGUGGAUCUCCCACCCCUGUGUUCUUCAAGAUUUCGCUCUGGACCUCCUGGGGAAGAGGCCCAAGUGGCUAGCCAGUUCAUUGCAGAUGUCAUUGAAAAUUCACAGAUAAUUCACAAAGAGGACUUAUGCAUUACUCAAGGAAAGCUUGCAUGGGUUCUAUAUUGUGAUCUCAUUUGCCUCGACUAUGAUGGAAACAUUUUGGAUGCCUGUACAUUUGCUUUGUUAGCUGCUUUAAAAGAUGUACAGUUGCCUGAAGUUACUAUAAAUGAAGAAACUGCCUUAGCAGAAGUUAAUUUAAAGAAGAAGAGUCAUUUGAAUAUUAGAACACAUCCGGUUGCAACCUCCUUUGCCAUAUUUGAUGACACUUUACUCAUAGUUGACCCUACUGGUGAGGAGGAGCAUCUGGCCACUGGAAGCUUAACAGUAGUAAUGGACGAAGAGGGCAAGCUGUGCUGUCUUCACAAACCAGGUGGAAGUGGGCUGACAGGAGCUAAACUUCAGGACUGUAUAAGCCGAGCAGUUACAAGACAUAGAGAAGUUAAAAAACUGAUGGAUGAAGUAAUUCAGAGUAUGAAACCCAAAUAAACCACAUUUUGAAAACAGAUUUGUAAAAACUGUAUUUGUUACAUUGUGCACAAACCUUUUACAUGAAAUAAAUAUUAAAACUACAUUCUUCUCAAA